CAGGUGCCGCCCACAGAACCCUGGAGGCGGAUCAGCUGUGUCCCACCUGUCCUUACUUCCUGCCCACGUCCGUCGAGGUCACCACACCUGUGGGCAUCCCGGCCAACCUCACCUGCGGCGUCAGGCAGCUCGGGGACAAGAAGGUGUCGUGGAUCAGGCGCCAGGACCUGCACGUGCUGACCACAGGUAACUUCACGUACACGACGGACACGAGGUUCCGCGCGCUGCACCUGCCCGGCUCGCCCUUCUGGAGCCUGGAGGUGGACCGGCCCGCCAUCACCGACUCCGGCCUCUACGAGUGCCAGGUGUCCACGCAGCCCAAGAUAUUCCGCCGCUUCAGGCUCAGCGUUGUGGUCCCCAGCGCGCGCAUCACCGGCUCGAGGGAGAUCUUCAUGAAGGCGGGCAGCGACAUCAACAUCACGUGCGUGGUGAAGGGCGCCAUCAGGGGAGCGCCCGUCACCUGGUACCACGUGCUGCCCCGCGACCCACCCAAGGAGGAGCUGGUGGAGAUCAACGCCGGGGGUCGGGGCGGCGUGCAGCUCGUGACGGACAAGAACUCGGGCACCAGCUGGCUCCUGGUCACCCACACCACCUGGAGGGACGCCGGGAACUAUACCUGCGCGCCCAUGCACUCCACGCCCGCCUCGGUGUUCGUCCACGUGCUCGACGGUGGGUGGGCGUGGGCGUGGAGGGAAGAGGGGGAGUGGGUGCAUGUGUGUGUAAAGCCCCGUUCACACUGUGCAGACUCUGGGCCACGACAACCCAGCGACUUUUCCAUUAGACAAGUUGGUUCCCACGCUCCAAGAAAGGGGGGAGGUUUUAUUGGGGUCUUGGUGUCUUGCCGACUGUCUGGGACAUUCAGCCAACUAUCAGACUCCUUACCGGCCACUUGCAGACUCCUUAUGUUGUAA